AGAAAAUGCAAGAAAAGGAGAUUGCCCGGAGUCGUAUCCCACGCCUGGUUCUGCGUCCAUACUUGCCAAAGCAGAAAGUGUCUCCAUCUUCUGAAUCCCCAUUUUCAGAGGAGGACAGCAAAGACUUUAACCUUACCUCCAGUCGCUCUGCCAGGACUAUAAGUAGUAACAGCUUCUGCUCAGAUGACACAGGUUGCCCCAGCAGUCAGUCGGUGUCCCCAGUGAAGACUCCAUCCGAUGCUGGUAUGAGCCCCAUGGGAUUCUGUACAGGAAGUGAAGAUGACUACAGUCACAAGCGAGUCAGCACUGGCAUGUAUACUGAUGGCAGCAUUCAGCCUACGAGGUACAAGAAGGAGUCAAAGAGCAGCCUAAUGAAGACUGGCCCACAAUCCUUCAAGAUGCGAGGAAGUGAAGCAGAUUUCAGCUCGUCAAGUAGCACUGGCAGUAUAUCUGCACCAGAGGUCCAUAUGAGCACUACGUCUGGAGGAAAGAAAAAUUCGUUUUCACGCAAACCGCCCUACCGCACAGAAACUCAGAAACGGGGCUCGAGGAACACAGCUGAGAGCAGAGUGUCCCAUGGACGAGGUCACAACAGUUCAUCGGGAAAGCCUACACAGAGUCCGCCUGUCACUCGAGAGAAGGAUCUGUUUGCAGUACUCUGUAGGAAUCAGGCGCACCAUGAGAUAUGCAUCUUGUGGAGAUAAUCAUGGCAUCAAGCCACCUUCUCCUGAGCAGUAUUUGACUCCACUGCAGCAGAAAGAAGUCUCAAUCCGUCACCUGAAGGCAAAAUUGAAGGAAUCCCAGAACACACUUCAAGAAAGGGAAGUAGAAAUAGAAGAUCUGAAAUCUCAGCUAGCCCGUAUGAGGGAAGACUGGAUUGAGGAGGAAUGCCAUCGUGUUGAGGCCCAGCUUGCCCUGAAAGAAGCUCGAAAGGAGAUCAAGCAGCUAAAGCAGUUUAUUGAAACUAUGAAAAAACAGUUUGGCUGAGAAAGACAAAGGAAUUCAGAAAUACUUCAUAGACAUAAACAUUCAAAACAGGAAGUUGGAGACCCUUCUACGUAGUAUGGAAUUGGCUCAAGAUGGUGAAUUUAGAGAUGAACCAUGUUUGGAUUAUUUUUGUAACUCUCCAGGAGCAUCUCUGACUGAAAGCGCAAUUUAUGAUAAGAUGUCAGAAGGACUUCUAAUGGAGGACCAAGCAACUGAGGAGAUGGCAGACUGUGAUCUCCUUCUGAAUGAUGAUCUGGCAAACAGAGAUGACCUUUAUGAUGAGGUUUUGAUGGAAACAAGAAGUGAUCUUGGCAGCUUGGCAAACCUGAAUUCUACCAAAUUGCAUUCCACAGCUGGUUUUGAUAAAGAAAUUGAGAAAAUACAUUCCAAGUGGGCACAGGGUUCACAAUGGAUGGAGCAGGCAAUCCAAACUGAUGUUGUCCCUUAUAGCCUUGACCUUGAAAAUCUCAUCUUCAAGAUGUUUAAGACCCAUAAUGACUAUCCUUUUAGAUCAUCUUCCAUUAUGCGUGGUCUGCGUGCCAAAUGUUCUUCUGGUUCCACAGAUUUAAUUGACUUGACCCCCGAUGACCCAAAUGUUGCUAUCCUUUUAUCCCCUGACUCUCUGGGGAAUAAUACCCUUCCAGUGUCAAACCGUGCCAUGAAAGAACUUGACUUUGAAGGACCUUUGCCAGAGUUGCCAAGCAGAGAUACACAACACAUGUGCGUGGCUAAAAGACACUGGAGUGACCGGUUUUUGACCGACCUGUUGGCAGUGGCUGUGCCCAUUGUUCCUACAGUUCUGUGGGCAUUAAGUACACAAAGAGGAUAUCCAGAACCUGUGUAUAACAUUGGCACUAUGAUGCGUGGCUGUUGUUUAAUGGCUUUACAUACCCUUAGGAAAACAUCCUACAGCCCUUAUAUUUAA